UGGUCGCAAGACUGUUUAUCACAGGGUACCUGCAAAAUAAACAGUCUUGCAACCAGUAACUUGACAGUAAUGACAGAUUCGGGCACUGGAAACUUGAUACUGAUGAUCAGUGGUGGUUGUGGAGCCUAUGAUACAGCAUCGCUUUGCAAAUGACUGCCAGAGAUGGGCGCAGCAGCCGGGACCUCCAAGAUGGCUGCGCCCGGGGAACUUCCUGUCUAGGUCUGGUCAGCAAAAUCUUCCCCUGUGCAACACAGGGCGGCCCUAUGGUUCCUCCUCGCUUGAUUGAAGAGGCGUCACCGCUGGGGACUGACGUGGGCGGAGCUGCGACCGCAGGAAAAACUGGAGCAGAUUAACUCUUUCAAGUACAGAAUCUAUACAGUUCACAAUGGCAGAUAACAGUCUUUUCUUCACCUCCCCCUCUUUUUCACAAGUGCCUCAGAUUAAACAAUUUUUACUGACAAAGUCCCGUACACUUUCUGGUGCAAACUUUGUUUCCAUCGGCAUGCGAAUUUUACACUGCUAUACUGGACACAGUUCAGACAGGGGGGGUACUUUAGGCAUAAGGCGCACACCCGUAUCCUGUUCGUAGGAUGCCAAAAGUUGAGGUGAGGGUGCGAUGAGGGCGGACAGAAUUACCCUAGGGGCAGAUGGGAUUAACCCUUUGUGUUCGUGACGCCAGAGUGUGUUUUAUCCUCUACACUAUCCGAAGGAAUAUUGCUGGAUCCUUGGCUAGGCACCGGGGUAAAUAAUGACUCAGACGCCAAGUUACGGAACAACGGCAGCUUUACUGAGUCAGGCAGGUGUAACAGUCUAUACAUCUUGGCUAGGUCCACAGAGGUGACCAGUGACUUCAGAGACCUUAAGGCUUUCUGGGACUUGUAGUGGACUUGGACAAUUUGGAUGCAGGCCAGACAGACUAUGACUGACUUCAUCCCUUCUGUAGCUUACCAGGCUUUGACUUGACCUGUGGGACUAUGGACUCAAGAGUCUGUGGCUGCUUGACUGACUUCAGGCCUCCUCUGGUCUCCGAAUACACACAACUAGGACUUGACCUCACUACAACUUGGCAUACAAGAGAGAGAGCAGAGGCUCCACCCAGGGCUUAUAUGGGGGAGACUCUGAGGGGUCCCAUAGAUCAUCCUUAGGUCACAUGGUCACUCAUACCUCACUGGGUUUCAAUCACAUGACAACGGGUUAGUCACAUGUCAACUGUUCUUAAAGGCAUAACACUUUUUAUAUACAAUACACAGCAUUACAUAGGCAAAGAAGUACAGGAACAGGUGCAAGGGGUCUUAGGGAUGACUGGAUGGAGUCUGCCUGACAGGGCAGCUAGGGUACAGUGGAGCAACUCCUGUAUCAGGCCACCACGAGGGCAUGCUGGGAGUUGUAGUUUUGCAACUUGGAUGGGAAACAUUGGGCUAGGUGCUGACGGUUAUCAGGGCAUGCUGGGAGUUGUAGUCUUACAACAGCAUGAAAACCACAGAUUGAGGAAUAUAAAGUGCAUUGUCCAUGACGUCACGCCAGUUCCUAUACAUUAUAUUCCGGCACCAUGUCCUGUAUCUGUUAUUGAUGACGUCUGUCUAGUAUCUGGGUGCAGGGAGAUGUUUGGCCCGCCCCACACGAGCUCUCCUCCUUCGCAGCACAAUCUGCAGGUGUCUGUCACCCAGGGCUGAGCGCUGUUUGGCCCAUCCAUUUUCCGUACUAUUUUCAAAUGUAGCCAGUGUACGUCACUCGGCGGAGCGGAUUGCGGCCGUUCCAGGCUGGCUGCUUCAUCACUCAGCUUUAUGUGUACGGGGCAGGGAGGACAUGCACGACCCGCUCUCCGAGUUCGAUGAGGGGAGCCCCGGCCCUUCCACCAGGCGGUCCCCAAGUCCACCGGCCGGGCAGGCCUCGGGCUCCUGGCUGCAGCGCACCCGGGAACAGCUGACCGUGAGGCUGCGGGUGGCGGUGCGGGAGCCGGUGCCGGUAACAGUGCUGGCAGUGCAGCGAUACCUGGGGGACAGCUCCGGCUAUAGUUAUGAUGUCACCCUAUGGGACGGAGCGGAGCAGGACACCUGGCUGCUGUCCCCGGAGCUCGGGCACCUGGUGCGGGAGAACAGGUUGCGCUGUGGGCGCUCGGUGCUCGUCCUCCGCUGCUCGUACCGCUACCUGGAGAAGAAGCUGGGCAGCGGGCUGGUGUGUGUGGAGGAGCUGGAGCUGGGGGACCACGAGCAGACCCCCGAGGAUAGGCACACCAGGACGGGACCGGAUAGCCCUCUCUCCGGGGACAGGAAGCACUACCUGCCGCUGUGGAACAACGAGGACCCGUACGGUGACAUAUGGAGGAGGCGAGGGCCGGGGCAUGACGUCACUGUGGACGUCGGCAAAGUCUGCUCACUACAGAAGCUGGAGAUGAUCGGGCUGUCAAAAGUCACCUUACCUCCCCUCCUUGUACGGGUCAUGCACAAAGGCAGACUCCGAUAUUUUGGCAAAGCAGAGAAGAAAUUUGACUACCCUUACCAAGCUUAUUUUGAAGUUGCCGAUCACUCUGGUAUGAUGUCUCUUGUACUUUGGAAUUUUAUCUGUCCAGAAUGGUACAAUACGCUCCAGGUUGGCAAUGUAGUCUUACUGCAGCAGUAUGCUGUAAAGAAGAGUUAUGUCUACAGAACACGUCCAACUCCAGGGAACCCGCAGGUGAAGAGACUGCCUUCCCUUGAAAUAAGCUUGAAUGCCAGAGAUCCUCCAUCCAAAAUUACCAUUCUGCCUGAAAGUAAUGUGAAGCCUGAGUGGAAUCUGCCAGCUGUGAAAUAUCAGUUUGCCACAAGAUUAGAAUUCAGUGACCUACCUCAGAACAGAAUCUGUGACGUUAUAGGACUUGUAAUUUAUGUUGGAAGAUGUGAAAGACUACGAAAAAGAGAUGAAUUUGAAGACUUCUGGAUAUAUCGAUGGGUUAAAAUGAUUGAUGGGACUUCAGACCAGUCAUUUCUACUAGAAAUUUUUGCAACCUCUCAGCCGGAUAUAUUUAAAAAUAUUUAUCCAAUGUCUUAUUUGGUGUGCACUCAAAUGCGUGUUAUGCAAGAAUAUCCAGAGGACAGCUCCUACAAAGCUUAUCUUACAACUACCAAUGAAAGUCAGGUGUUCAUAAAUGGUUAUCAUAAAGGGCAACCAUAUACAAGUGAUGAGAAAGUAAAGAGCUACAUAAAAUGGAUGAAGACUCAACAUGAAGCUGAAAUUGGGAAGAAAAUGACAAUUGGAGGCUAUCAUCCCUAUCCACCAACACCAUCAACCUUUGCCAAGUUCUGUAAUGAUAGAAAAAAAGAAAUAUUAACCACAAUCAGGGAACUAAAAGCAAUGAUUGAGCAGCUCCAUUACAGGGAACACAAGCGUGUUGCUGUUCAGGGUAUCAUUGCUGCUUGUGUAUUUGUUGAGAAUACCUCGAAAAUGAAAAUGGAACUUGACUCUUUUCAGAAACCUAAUGUGCUGAAUAUCGUAAGCACGGAACCCGGCUGUGAGGAGCAAGUCCCAUGCAGGGUCCCUGCAGUAGCGGACCAGUCUGGAAGCCAUUCAAAAAGAUGUGCAGAACUGCUUACACCUCAGACGAAAGCCUAUAACCUGAUAAAGAGAAGGAAAAAGCCAGACUCAGGAGUAGGCCAUACAGUUUCCGAUCCAGAGAAUGCUCCAGUCAUGCAUCCCUUGGGCGGAGAUGUGAACUCCAGGUCUCAAGGGUCACCAAAUUUUGAAGAUGAAAGGGCUGGAAGCUGGGUUACAGAAAGUGAUGACACCUCAUAUCACAGAUUAUCCUGGGAGAAUCCCCUGUGGUCUGAGGUCAAGCUCAGUGUAAAGGAACAUCUAUACUAUAGCAAAUUAUAUCCAGAAAGCAUGACUCAAAAGUUUAACUACAGGCAGAGAGACGGUCUGAUGCAGCUAUAUAACCUUCAUCCAGCAAAAUGGACAGACCUAACAAGAGAUCUCCCCAGCUUUACCAGUGCCACCAUGCUUGGCCACUACGAACUGACAAUACUUGGUAUAAAUCAGAACAUAGCAAUAGAUGUAUCUUUACCAGUGUCUGACAACUUCAGUGUAUUUGGUGUGAAUAAUCUGCCUAAUCCUCUCCAAUCUGCUGGAGCAAGUAAUAAUGAAGAAAUCCAAGACUGCCAUUGGUAUUCCCUUAAAGGUGAGCUUGAGGAAUAUGCAAGAAAAAGGAACAAACAUGUCAUCUGCAUCUUGGACGUAUGUCACCUAGGAGAAGACAGAGUGGAAGUUUGUUUAAACAGAGUGUAUAGUCCGACCGUAGACGGUACCGAUUAAAUUCUGCAGUGUUACAUGGAUUUGUAUUUUUUUCUAAUGCACUUUGUCAUUUAUCAGACAAUUUGAAGGCACGAUAAAUGACUUUUUUAUUGUAAGGUAUUUUUUGAUCUAUUUAAGAAUAUUGUUUUUAAACAAUGAUUUCAUACUGUCUUUCAAUAUAUAUUUAAAAUGUUCUUGUUUUUUGUUUCUUAAAGAUCAUUUUUUUUUUAGUAUGUAGCUGACAGUAGGCUGCAUACACAAACACACAACGUGUGUUGCAUAUUCUAAAAAAGUAAAGUUUUUUUUCCAGUAUUAAAAUAUGUAAAUUAUGAUGUAAUUUAUUACUACCUUUUUAAGGUUUAAGUGCAUCACGAUAAUUAAAGUGAAAUUUCAUUUAAGGCAAUGCUUAGCCAUUCUGUGGUAUCUCAAGAAUAAAGGUACUGUGCAAUAAAUAAAAUUAGCUGGAAAUUGCCUUGAAGAAAUUAUGCACUUGCUUACUGAUAUUGUCUGAGCCGCACUACCUGCAGACAGAUGUGUCUAGCAUGCUUGACUAGCCUCGUGUCCCCCUCAGCUCCCUUCUGCCUCCCUCUGAUCCCUCGAUCAUCUUCUUCUUCUGUCCUCCUGCUGCCAAAAUAAGUGCUUGUAGCAGGAGCAAUCACUGGCCGUAUCCACGUUUCCUCAUCACAUUGUCAGGAGGGCUGCAGAUGGGACCCUGCUCACCUUAUCCACGCAUACCAUUGUUGUGUGUGAGUCCACACAACCAUCUGCGGUAAGGGCCCACAUCUUUCCUUUUGUGUGGAUUGCUCCCCAGUGGUAAUACGCUAUGGAGCACUCGUCCAUUCUCUUUUUUUAGAUAUCCACGUUUCAUCUUGGCCAGUGCUUGGCUUGGCAGUCAGCUCCUGCAACAAGCACUUGUCUUGGAAGGAAAGACAUAGUGUGGGGGCUGGACAGACUGUCAUUUUUUUAAAUUUUUCUCCCUAUGUCUCCUCCAAACAAUUAGCCCCAAACAUCCCUCUCCCCCCAGCAUAUACAUUUAUUUUUCUUUUAAAUAAAGGCUGGAAUAGCCUUUUCACACUAGGCCUUAAAGAAAACAUAACUUGUCAUUUGGAUAUUUGUGUGUAUUUAUUAGACACUAAAAAAUAUAUAUAAUCACUGUAUUGCUAUAAAUUGAAAUGUUAUUACAUUACCAAAUGCUGCUGCCUUUGUAUUUAUAUGUAUUUAAUGUAUUUUUUUUAUUUUUUUUAUAUAUAUAUAUGAAUUUCAUCUCUGACAUUAAAUGCUGUCUUUUUUAUCUUUUUCUAUUCACUUAUGAGCCUAAUAAAGAGUUUGUAGACUGCUGGUAAUAAACAAUG